GUGUUUGUUUGUUUUCAGCCUUUAAAGUCUGCGAGACGACGAGCAGACGCUCAGCCUGAGGGUCGCAGCUGCAGCUGAAGAUGAGAAGCCUCCUGGUUUUACUGGCUGUUUUGUGGGUGUGUGACGCCGUUAAGUUCGGUCAGCUGUGCAGCGGUAACCCGAGCAACAGCCGGAGGACGUCGGACAGAUGGGGACAGGGACAGUACGGAGCCGGACGGGGGACCAGACUCCACCAAGGGCUGGACAUCAAGUGCAGCGACGGCGCCGCUGUUUACGCUCCGUUUGACGUGACUCUUAACGGGAAAUUGACCGUCUACACCGACCCCACUAAGGCAGCCAUCAACGAGGGCAUCAACCUGUCAGGACAGGGUCUUUGUUUCAAGCUGUUCUACGUGAGGCCGGACCGAACCUCAGGAACGGUGAGGAAGGGGCAGAGGAUCGGCACCAUGCUGCCCAUGCAGAGCGUUUAUCCGGGAAUCACCUCACACGUCCACGUCCAGAUGUGUGACAAGAGCGACCCCACACCAUACUUCUGAUCCACCUUCAAACGCCGUCGACAACCUUCAUUACUAAAGAGGCUUUUCUGUGAAUGUUGGUGGAAAACUUUAGCUCCUCAUCCAUAUAAAAGGAUUCUGAUGUGUUACAUUGGCUACAAUAAAACACUUUAAAAAACCGU